AUGACGGCCGCCUUCGCACAGCAAUUCCAGGAUGCCGGUGAUGAAUUUGUGCUGAAUUUGUCGCCAGUCCUGUCUUUGAUGCCCGGGCCAUGCCACUGCAAGACAAGGUAUCUGCGUGCACGCAGCUCCCCGCGAGUCCACCAAGAUGUAACUACCAAGGCCUCGCAGCUCAAGGAGCUCGGCAAAACCUUUGUGCUGAGCAUGGUCAGGACUGUUGUCCAAAGGCUUGUUAUUGCUGACAAGUGCGGCUUGGAAACCGAUGCGCUGCACGAUUUCUUUGACGCUAUCUUCCCAGGCCCUUACGUCGCCAAUUCUAACCGCAAUUACCACGAACGUGCAGAGUCUCUCUUCACAGUUAUCUUGCUUAAGCAUGCACGCCGCGCUUUGUAUAUGAUUUCCAAGUCUGGUGCUGCCAUGAAGAGCGUCGAAUUGGCCGAUGCGUAUAUGGCGCUGGUUAAGGAGCAUAUGGGUGCGGGUGCGCUGAGCGAUCUGAAACGAGUCUACUUUGCAAUUCGAGAGUCAGGAGUAGAUUCAUAUUGCCAUGAACUCCGUAGAAAAUUACACAUUUUGAGGGUUGCGGGUUUCCUGACGUGA